CUGGGGGCUGGCACCGGGCUGCGCCGCACACCUCCUCUGCUUCCGCUAGGAGACCGUUUUACCCAGGCCUGCGUCCCCGCGUCUUUUCCUUCAUUAAGGGACAUUCUCGUCGGAAGCCUUGAGAUCAACGUAUUAAACACGCGCUACUUUAUUUACACUGUGCUCACCGUCUCUAGGCUCAGAUCCGUGUUAAUUUGCUCCUGCUUUGGGAAAGAUCUGGCCUCUCAAAAGGCACAGCAUCACUGUUUCAUGGUGUUUGGAGAUAAUCUGGAAAGUUAAGGACGUUUCUAAGGAGAAUUGCAGAGGAUGCUCUAGGAAAAAUCUGAACACUGAAGGAAGUGAGGAUCAUGGACCAGAACAACAGCCUUCCUCCUUAUGCUCAGGGCUUGGCCUCCCCACAGGGAGCCAUGACUCCUGGAAUUCCUAUCUUUAGUCCAAUGAUGCCUUAUGGCACAGGACUUACUCCACAGCCUAUUCAGAACACCAAUAGUCUUUCUAUUUUGGAAGAGCAACAAAGACAGCAACAGCAGCAACAGCAGCAGCAGCAGCAGCAGCAGCAGCAGGCAGUAGCAACUGCAGCAGCCUCGGUUCAGCAAUCCACAUCUCAGCAGCCCACACAGGGUGCCUCAGGCCAGACUCCACAGAUCUUCCAUUCCCAGACUCUGACCACUGCACCCUUGCCAGGCACCACCCCCUUGUAUCCUUCACCAAUGACCCCUAUGACCCCGAUCACUCCUGCCACACCAGCCUCUGAGAGCUCUGGGAUUGUACCACAGUUGCAAAAUAUUGUAUCCACGGUGAAUCUUGGAUGUAAACUUGACCUAAAGACCAUUGCACUUCGUGCCCGAAAUGCUGAAUAUAAUCCCAAGCGGUUUGCUGCUGUCAUCAUGAGAAUACGAGAGCCACGAACAACUGCGCUGAUUUUCAGCUCUGGAAAAAUGGUGUGCACUGGAGCCAAGAGUGAAGAACAAUCCAGAUUAGCAGCGAGAAAAUAUGCUAGAGUUGUGCAGAAGUUGGGAUUCCCAGCUAAGUUCUUGGACUUCAAGAUCCAAAACAUGGUGGGAAGCUGUGAUGUGAAGUUCCCCAUAAGGCUGGAAGGCCUUGUGUUGACCCACCAGCAGUUCAGUAGCUAUGAGCCAGAAUUAUUUCCUGGAUUAAUCUAUAGAAUGAUCAAACCAAGAAUUGUUCUCCUUAUUUUUGUUUCUGGAAAAGUUGUAUUAACAGGUGCUAAAGUUAGAGCAGAAAUUUAUGAAGCAUUUGAAAACAUCUACCCCAUCUUAAAGGGAUUCAGGAAGACCACAUAGUGGCUGCCAUGCAUUACUGCCCCCGUCAGUUCUGGUGCCGCUGAUGGUACACUUGUGAGAAGGGCACUCACUUACAGGUGGCAGCAUGAAGUAACACUGUGUCCUACUGAGGACACUGGAAAGGUUACCUCCUCUGCACUGAGAUCGCCUGCAGCAUCACUGUGAGUCGCUUGCUCUGUGCUGCUAUUCGGGCAGCACUGCCCACUUAUUUAUAUUUAGAUUUUAAACACUGCUGUUGAUGAAUUUGCUGGUUUAAGGGACAGAACUUUUAAGUGUUCAAGCCACCUGUACAAUUGAACUUUUUAUUUUAACUUUUCCCACAUAAGCCAGUUUUUAUAUUUCUACCAGAAAAGUAAAAAAUCUUUUUUUAAAAGUGUUGUUUUUCUAGUUUGUAACUCUAAGGAGUUAUUUUUGUGCCAGAUACAUUCCGCCUUCCCAGUAUUGCAGAACUGAAUAGUUGUAUUAAUCAAAAUAAAUGUACAUAUUUUCUUUCUCCAGAGUACUCUGCACAGAAACAUGCAGCUUGUAAAUUGUUAGAUUUUUGUUAUAAACGAAACCUUGUAAGAGUCAUGUGAUCAUGUCAAGAGAUUUAUUUUAGAUAUAAUGCCUGAGACCACUGUUUUGUUUGCUUGUCUUUGUUUGUUUUUGUCUGUUGCAGUGAAAAUGGCCAUGCCACUGAUUUUAUGAUCCACACUGAACACCCUCUUAUUCCUUAGAUACUCUAUAGUGUCUGGAUCUUCACCAAACUAGUUAUGUUCUGUUCAUUUUUCAGCCUUUACCGGGGCCUCAUAGCUGGUAAGGGACAUCAGAGGGCUCUGAGUAUUUCAGAUGUGGAAGCUGGCGCCCUGUCUACAGAUAGCUGACUUCUCUGAUGUAGCAUUUUUGUCAUGGCUAUUUUCUCUUGAAUACAAGGUGGACACUUAUGAAGCCUUGGGUUAUUUGGGAGCAUUUUAUGUCCUGUUUUUUUAAUUGUAAAAGUACAUUGUGCACAGCUCAGAGUAUGUGCAAUCAGAAAGAAGUCUUUUUCUUUCCAUCCUUAGCUGUUCUUUUCCCAGGUAACUUCCAGAUUAGUGAGUGUCUUUUCACCCUCGCCUAGAUGAUGCCUGAGCUCUCCAGUAUACCUGAUGUGGCAGCAGGCAGAGGGGACACCAACGAGUGACUGUUUUCAGUGGCAUUAGCCCCUGGUACUCCUGAGGUAACAAGGCUGAGAGGAGUUCCACUGAAUGCCAACAGUUGGGAGAAUAAGGCUUCAGUCCUCAGUGCUUGCAAGUUACCAUGCCACUCAGGACCAAGUGUGGGAAAGAACUGUGGCCUAGGGUGUUAAGGUGUGUUGCUUUUUAAAUUUUUAAUCUGCAAUUCUGUCCUUAGGAGCUACUUUUUAUCUUGGUUUUGGAAAAAUAUUGAAUACUUUGGUGACUUUUGUUUUUUUGUUUUUACAGUCAGUGUGACAGUUACACUUCCAAGAACAGCAAUGGAAUGUCUAAUACCUUGAUUUGAACCAUUCCCUUAGUCACAGUCCUUGUCACCUCUAAUGCACACUGUUAUAUGUGUAUUUUGAAUACAUAAAUUUCUAUAGUAUACUUUUACAAGGGGAAUUGAUAUAAACCAUUUAUGUAUUCCAAGUUUUGACAAAUCAGUACUAGAGCCCAACCCCCCAAAAGUAUACAAAGUACCCUUUCCUGCACUUACCAGGCGUUACUGAUGUUUGAGAAGGAUAUCAUUCUAGUACGUUUCUCCAAGAUGGUUUUUUUUUAAGUUUUAUAAUUCUUUUUAUAUGGACCAUUUUCAUGUCAUAAAAGUUAAUUAUUUCAA